AUGUAAUUUUUAGAACCAAAAUUAAUAGAAAAAGACAGCGAUUUGGUAUGUAAAAAGCAUUAGCAAAAAAUUGCGUUUAUAAUUCUUGACCGUCAAUUAUAAAGUGACAAAAGGCUUUUAUGUAGGUCUUGUAGCAAAAGGAAUCCCAAUAAUGCAAAGAUUGUGGAUUAUGAGUAACUAAAAUAGAAAUUUGAUAGAUAACAAAGAGAAAAAAUCUAAUUUUACUAUCAAAUUAUCUAACCUCACAUUAAAGAAAUUGAAAAAAUUUAUUUAAGCAUUGAUGCUUUAAAAACCAAAAUUUUUUAAAGGAUUGAGUUAUUAGCAAAUUUUUCAAAGGAUUGGAUAAGUGAUUUAAAUAAUUCAAUAAUUGAAUACAGCUUUUUGAAAGAAUUAGACUCUCUAAUCUAAAAAUAACCUCCGCUUAUUGAUCCAAAAAUCAUAAUUGAAAAAAUAAAAAUAAUCAAAACUCAUCGUCAGAAUUAAAUGAAGCCAGCAAUGGGUAAAUUUAAAAAUUCGACUGAGUUCUAGUUAUUUGAACAAACAAUUUAAUUUCUUCAUUAUUUAAUUCAGAACUAAGAGAUAGAUAUAAAUUAAGAAUAGGCAAGGAUUCAAUCUAUGUAUGAAGUAGAAUAGAUUAAUGAUUAAUAAGACUUUUAACAAGGGCUAGUUGAUUUGUAAGAUUUUGAAUUGUUUUUCACUAAUAUAAUUUAAUAGUAAGAAUAAGAACAUAACUAAGACUUUCUAGGAAUUCUUUCAACAAAUUUUAAUAAUUUAAAUACAUAGAGCUACUCAUUGGAUUAAAGUGAAUAUUUUAACCAGGCAGAUUCAGUACAUUCUAUGAAAGAUUAUGAAGAGGCAUUAAAAUAUUAUAAUUCAGAAAUUAAGAAAACCCCUAAUAAUUCAUAUAAUUAUUAUAACAAAGGUAAAAAUGCCUUAUACUCAUUAAAUAGCAACAAUUUUAAUAAAAUUGAAUAGAUUUUAAGAGGCAUUAGAAAAUUGUAUGAUAGCAAUUUCGAAAGAACCCGAAAAAUCAGAAUAUUAUAAUUGCAAAGGUAUAAAUUAAUUUUACAUUUGUUAACAGGAAAUGCAUUAACAAAAAUGUAUAGAUUUGAAGAGGCACUAAGGGAUUAUGAUUUAGCGAUUUAGAGAAAUUUUGAAAAUUCAGAUUAUUUUUAUUGCAAAGCAAUAACUUUAAGGAAAAUGAAUAGAUUUUAAGAAGCAUUAGAACAUUUUGAUUUAGCAAUUUAGAGAGACCCCUAAAAUUCAGAUUAUUAUCAUAGCAAAGCAAUAACAUUAACGAAAAUGAAUAGAUUUGAAGAGGCACUAAACAAUUUCGAUUUAGCAAUUUAGAAAAAUCCUGAAAAUUCAUAUAAUUAUUUUUGCAAAGCAAUAACUUUAACGAAAAUGAAUAGAUUUUAAGAGGCAUUAUAAUAUUGUGAUUUAGCAAUUUUGAGAGACAGAAAAAAUUCAAUGAAUUAUAACUGUAAAGGAAAUGUAUUAAUGAAAAUGAAGAGAUUUGAAGAGGCAUUAGAAAGUUAUGAAAAAGCUAUUCAUAGAAAUCCAGAAAAUUCAUUAAACAAUUUUUGCAAAGCAACAGCAUUAACGAAUAUGAAUAGAUUUGAAGAGGCAUUAUAAAAUUAUGAUUAUGCAAUAUAGAAAAAUCCUGAAAAUUCAUAUAUUUAUUAUUAGAAAGCAAUAACAUUAAGGAAAUUGAAUAGAUUUGAAGAGGCAUUAGAAAAAUUAGGUUAUGCAAAUUUAGAGAAAUCCAGAAAGUUCAUAUAAUUAUUGUUAGAAAGGUAAAUGUAUUUUACUAACUGGAUAGCAAUAACAUUAAGGAAAUUGAAUAGAUUUGAAGAGGCAUUAGAAAAUUAUGAUUAUGCAAUUUAGAGAAAUCCAGAAAGUUCAUAUAAUUAUUGUUAGAAAGCGAUUACUUUAACGAAUAUGAAUAGAUUUGAAGAGGCAUUAGAAAAUUAUGAUUAUGCAAUUUAGAAAAAUCCAGAAAGUUCAUAUAAUUAUUUUUGCAAAGCGAUAACUCUAACGAAUAUGAAUAGAUUAGAGAUGGCAUUAAAUAAUUAUGAUAAAGCCAUUUAUAUCAACCCUGCAAACCCAGAUUAUUAUAAUUUCAAAGGAAAUGUCUUAUUUAAAAUGAAAAAAUUAUAAGAAUCAUUGUCAUGCUUUAAUUUAGCACUUAAUUUGAAUCCAUUAAAUUCUGACUAUUUAUAUUGUAAAGGUAGUAUUUUUCUCCAUCUACAAAUAGCAAGAACUUUAAGAGAAAUGUCAAGAUUUGAAGAAGCAUUGGAAUGCUAUAAAUUAGCUAUUUAACAAAACCCAGAUAAUCCAGAUUAUUAUUAUUCCCAAUGUAUAUUAUUUUGGUUUAUUUUCACAUAGCAAUAACUGUAAUAAAUUAGAAUAGAUUUAAUGAAGCUAAUGCAGUUUAUAAUAAAUAUCAAUCAAAUCCAAGUAUGCCCUUAAUUUUCUAUUUGUAUAGCAUAACCUUAGGCUACAUCGCUUAAUUAAAAUUAGAAUUAAUAGAAUUAAAGAAAUAAUACAUUAACUCCAUUGCCAUAAUGA